AUGAGGUUGGGGAGCCUGGUGAGGAGCUUACAGGUCGGUCUAUACAUCGUCAUCCCGUUCACUGUGCUUCUUAUGCAUUCGUUGGUGCCGGCCGCGCGCGAUGUCAAGCACGCAAGUAAGCAGGAAGUUGGGUGCAACGAUGGCAUACUGGUGAAGAGUCUGAAAUGGAUGGGUCCUUACUCCCCGGCCUUCUAUUCCAACGGCAAGCGGCAUAGCUCGUUUUACAGCUUGAAGGAGGCGAAAGUCGCGUGCGAGGCUGCCCUGACCUGCGAGGGAGUGACCGGCGCGUGGAGCCCGGCGAAGAUACCCGAGGAGGAGUGGGUGUGGGAGCUGAGAGCUCGGAAACCCAGCAGAGAAGUGAUGUGGAUCUCGCCAUCCAGCUCGGAGGAGGUGACGUACGUGUACAACAGGAACCUCUCGCUCCUCAAUGUCUGCUGCCCGAAGAAGUUCACCUCCAUGCUCCCGGUCUUCUACAUCAAUCUCGGGUACCGGGCAGACAGGAGGAGGAACCUGCUGUCCAACCUGGCCUCCAAGGGCGUCGAUGUGGUGAGGUCCGUCAGCCGCCAGAACGGCAUCAACAGGAGCCUAUACGAAACCGCCACUGACAUCCUCGUUGCUUGGAAGCAGCCGCUCACAUCUAGCAGCGUCUGGAAAGGCCAACUGAUCAAUGGCAAGCCGCCCAACACUCGCAGCGAGCGGUUCAAGGGCAAGGUUGCGAGCUGGGUAGCUCACCGAGUCGUAUGGGAGCGAAUCAUGCGAGCAAGGAACUUUCCCAGAGGAGCAUGGUUUCUGAUCCUCGAGGACGACGUCAGGAUGAUGGACUCUGUGGAAGCAUUCUUGGACAAGAUGAGCGCCACCCUCUGCCUCUACCCCCACGCCGACAUGAUCUACCUCACUGGACGCGAGGUACCUCCCCUCCUCCCUGGCAACAUGGUAGCCUACAUGGGAGUGGAUGCGUACGCCGUCUCCUCCAGGGCUAUCCCGAAGCUCCUGAACUCGACGGUGCUGGGAAAGCUGCUGGUGGUCAACACGACAGCGCUCGACGCCUAUCUCUCUGCCCUGGUGCUUGCGGACAUCAUCGACGCUCGGAUGGUGGUAGGUGGAAACCCCUUUGUGAACAGCUGGAAGCAGUUCAAGUCCGACAUCGAGGUCAGAGGCUGACCACAGUCACUCGGACGGUGUGGCCGCCGGUGACCGUCCGCGGCCGGGGCCCGGGCCGCCGGAUGCUCAGUCACUGAGCAUCG